CCUGCAGUCUGUACCUAGUUCUACACAAACGUGCUCUCUACGAGUGGAAGAAAAGCUAGAGUGCGAAACAACAUUUGCUAUGUAGUUUUGUCAGCGCAUAAACUGGCAAAGUUACGUAUUUGUGGAUAAGACUACGUAGAAAAAGAGGAAAGCCUUCACGUCCAUUUUCUCAAAAGACUUUUAGGAACAGCGCAACUGUCCCGGAUUGUCCGCUCCGCUGUACAUGUUCAAGAGAACAGAAAGGCAAAAAGAAAAUGGUCUGCACAUUGGUGUGAGCUCCUGUGAUGGUCGGCAGACCUGUACGUGCUUUUCUAAGGCCUCUGGAAGCUGAAGACAGGGUGACAUUGACAGCACGAGUGAUCCCUCUGAGCUGCCACCAUGGCCCUGGUUCAGGCUCUGCCCAUUUCUGCUGAACCCCGCACCCCUGGCCACAGUGGAGGAGCUCGUAGACGACACCAUUCGGGCCCCUCACCUCCCAUCAACCCACCACCCCCCAUUCUGGAUCCCAUGGGUUCUGUAAGCAGCCUCGUCAACACUCGCCCAGGCCCCUACCAGGACCACCGUUCUGGUGUUGAGCUGGGGGACAGAGUCCGACGGCCCAAACCAGGAGCUUCCUGUUUGGGUUCUGAGUCACCACAAGACCCAUUACUGCAGAGCAUCCCACCUCUCAUGAAACAGAGCUCCACAACUAGCAGAGGGCUGGAAAAGGAGUUUGGGAAUGGGAACUAUACUUAUAUAAAUGAAGACUAUGUAGGUGACUGGAAUGACAACCAUGUUACACCUGCCAGCCCAGGAAGUGAUCAUGAGGAAACUAAAGGGCUUGGAUUAAAUGGAAAUAUGGGGGGACCGCCUCCAAAACUGAUUCCAGUGUCAGGAAAACUGGAGAAGAACAUGGAGAAAACAGUGCUGCGGCCCACUGCCUUCAAACCUGUCAUUCCCAAGAACCGUUCCUCCAUGCAGUAUCUCUCCCCUCGUCAUUGUGCCAAUGUAUCAGAAAGCCAAAACAACCUGAACCUGCUCAGCCCCACCCACAGAGAAGUGUCGCCCUCCUGCUCAGAGAAACGCAGUUCUUACAGUGGAGGGCGUAACGCCAGUGGUGGAAGCAGCCAGUCCUGCUCCUUGUCUGACUCAGGCCGCAACUCCCUCUCCAGCCUGCCGCCUUACAAUGGAACCAGCUACAGUUUGGCAUCAGGAGAGGCUCCUGUCGGCCACCUGGAGCCCACAAAGACCGUCCCGCCAGUCAGUGCACAUGUACACUGCAACUCAGACAGCGGACGCUCGUCUUCCAGUAAGAGCACAGGCUCCGGUUCGAUAAGUGGCCGGGUGCAGCCCCUUUCUGAUAGCGGAUCCAGUGGGCGCUCUCCCGGGCCUGUGGAGGGUUAUGAAGGUGUGGUGAGAGAUCUGGAGGACAAACUGAGGGAGAGAGACCUGGAGCUGCAGCAACUCAGAGAGAACCUGGAUGAGAAUGAAGCUGCAAUAUGUCAGGUUUAUGAGGAGAAGCAGAAACGCUUUGAGUUGGAGCUAGAGGAGCUGAGGCAGAGCUGUGCCACCAGGAUGCAGGUAGCCUCUCAGAAGUCCCAACGUGCUCAGCAGGUGCUUCAGCUGCAGGUGUAUCAGCUCCAGCAGGAGAAGAAGAAACUACAGGAGGACUUUGCUCAACUUCUGAAGGAGAGGGAGCAGCUAGAGGAGCGCUGCACCUCCUAUGAGCAUGAGAAAAUCCAGUUGGGGCCUCGACUAGAGGAGACAAAGUGGGAGGUCUGUCAGAAGUCUGGAGAAAUCUCGUUGCUGAAGCAGCAGCUGAAAGAGGUGCAGAGUGAGUUAGCUCAGCGUGUCGGGGAGAUCGUUUCAUUACGGAGCCAACUCAGAGAGACUCGUGGUGAACUAACAAACACCCAGGUGCUCCUCCAGGAGGCCCACGGCUCAACCCGCACUCGGACCUUGGAACUGGAGGUGUGCGAGAACGAGCUUCAGCGUCGAAAGAGUGAGGCGGAGCUGCUCAGAGAAAAGGUGAGACGCCUUGAAGAAGAGUUGGUUCGUCUCAGAGACACUUUGACCAAUCAGGGGCCAGGAAACAGACAGUGUCAGGUGUUCCAGGAAGCUGAGGAGCACCUGCUCGCCUACGAGAGUGAUGAGGCCAAGGCCCAGCGGCAGAGCAGCUCUGAGGCUCUGCAGAACAUCAAGGUACAGAUGGACAGCAUGAAAUCUGAACUGGCUUUUGAGCGUCAGAGGGUUGAGCAGCAGGCAGAAAACUUUGAGGAAGAGCGUAAAAUAUGGCAGGAGGAGAAGGACAAAGUUAUCCGCUACCAAAAACAGCUACAGGAGAACUAUGUACAAAUGUAUCGCAGGAACCGAGAGCUUGAACAGCUGCUGCAGGAGCUCAGUCAGGAACUGGAGAGUAGAGAUGAUGAUGAGGGCAGCGGCAAUGAGAUCAACUUUGAUGAGAUUGCUGCAACAGAAAUCUGACCCUCCCAUUUUUUUUUAUUAACAUAUUUUUUUGCACUACUGUCUGCUACAUGUUUUUCUUUACCCCCAGAUCUGCUCUCCUGUGCAGUCUCAGUGGAAACUGUCUGCUUCUUGUUUGCUUGACAAACAAACAAAUGAGUGACUUAAAUGUAAAAAUGUGCAGAGUAAAAUGAGCCACACAGCAACUGUGACUUUUGUUGCACACAAAAGGCAUUUACCUUUUAUUCACCGAGUCAGUACUCACUCCCUUUGUUAAAGGACAGCAAAUUCUUGGUCAUUUUUCACAGUUUUGUAAGAUUUUGUGUGAAUAACUUCCUUCAACCUUUCACUGUCCUCCUCCUGUGAUGGUUAUGACUCCACCUUCCCUGCUGGGUUUAACAUUACACUCCCACUCUGUCAGCAGUCAGCUGUCAUUAGUACAGUUAUUUGGAUGCGGCCCACGCUGUUAAUGUGGGACACUGCACAUUCAACAUGCCAUGGUAAGUGUAAGUGAAUCAGAGCGAGGUGCUAAUGUCAGUGGCUACACUCUGGGUGAUUUUAUGAAAACUGCAUCACGACCAAACCAUAAACCACAAAUGUGUGUCUUACUUCUUACAGGAGUAGUGUAAAUUUACAAGUUGGGACCAAAAAUGAAAAUGAGACUUAUGGCACAAAUGUUAUGUCAUGCCUCCUUUUGAAUGUGCUGUUACGUUCUGGAUACUUGACUGAAAAUAAUACUGUGGGUGUAAAUUGUACCAUAAACAUCUGUAUAUUCUAAUGCACAGUAACUGAACAAUAACACUUGGAAAAAAUGUUGCUUUGACACCUUGCAUCAAAUGCACGUAACAGUUUUUCCAUUUCUUAUAUGCACCACCUUUAAAAAAAAAAAAGAAAAAAAAAAGCAAAACAAAACUUUAAACUUUAAUCUGGUAAAUUUAAUUACUUUACUGUAGAAUGAGAGUAGAACACAUUAUAAAAGCUACCAUAGGGACCGCAAUAUGAAAUAUAUUAAAUAUCACAGCUGUUAAGAUAAUUGUUCUGUAGACUUUUUUUCAGACUGGAAAUUUUUACCCUAAGAGGUGGUUAUAACGUUAAUGAUAGCUUUGUUGCAUUCAAAUAUGGCUGCGAAUUUCUGUACCAAUUUCUAAUCGAUUUACAUACUAUAUGGUGGUGAUAAAUUUCCAGCUGUGGGAAGGUGCAAGGCAUGUUCUCUCAUUCCUGCAGACUUUGUUGUACUAAAUUUAUCUGUAGGGUGUGGAAUCUGCAAGUAUUCAGAAGUCGUAAAAAAAAAAUAUUAAAAAGAGGGUGUUUUUUAAAUAACCUAUGACUAAAUGAAAUAUUGGCAAUCAUUAAUGAAAUAGACUCCUGUGUUUUUCCUUCUUUUGUUGUAUUGAAAUGUCCUCUGUGAAAAAGGCCGACUGGAAAACCAUUCAUUCCCCUGUAGACAAGUGAGUGAAAAUGACUUUAUCCCAUUCGGUGAAUAUAAUUUCCAUUGUGGACUCGAAUGUGACACUGUUGACAUUCUUGUAUUUCUGCAAUUUUACAUAAAAAGUGUCUUUGUAUACCUGGUAAACACUCUGAGGGGCUUGGCAAAGAGUAAGAUUAGUUCCUGAUGAGAUAAAAUAUGCAACAAGUAUUUAGUGAAAUCACUUGGUGGGAUUAGACUCACUGAUAAAUCUGUUCUGCCUUCAAACACCCAUAUAUAAUCAGCUGGCCUCAGCAACAAUAUAAGGAAACAAAAUCUAAUGGCUGACAAGUGUACUCACCCUGUUCUUCACCAGGACUGGGUUUAAAGUUUAGUCAUGGAUCCAUUUAGUUGUUCCAGAAAAUACUACUUUCAUUUCCGCUCAAAGUGGUGGUAGGUGGCUCUUUGCUGCAUGUGGGCGGUGCCGUUGAGAUUUAUGCAUCACAUCACUGAAAUAGCAAGCUGCUUGCACUGAAUGAUAUUUUGUAGUAAAGUCACACUACGUUUCCUCUGUUUAAAAUCUAGAAUCAUGUAUUUAGUUUUCUGUACAACAAAAGACACUGUUUUGAAUCAUUGUCCUCAGUAAAAAAACAAAACAAAACAAAAAAAAAAACAUCUUCCUGAGAUGUCUCCCCAUCUCAAAAACAUAAAAACAUAGCCACUGUGAAGACCAAA